CGGAGCCGGGGCCUCGGCCGCGCUGCGGAGAUGUGAUUCGGGCCGAGGGCCAGCAGGAGCGUGGGCGCUGCGGGGCGCGGGGGUCGAACAUUCAUGGUGUUGGAGAUAAAGAUGAGAACCCACCAGGUGCUCGCCUUCCUCCUGCUCUUGGUGAUUGCCUCUGUGGCCUCUGAAAACGCCAGCACAUCCCGCGGUUGCGGGCUGGACCUCCUCCCUCAGUACGUGUCCCUGUGCGACCUGGACGCCAUUUGGGGCAUCGUGGUGGAGGCAGUGGCCGGGGCAGGCGCCCUGAUCACACUGCUCUUGAUGCUCAUACUCCUGGUGCGGCUGCCCUUUAUCAAGGACAAGGAGAAGAGGAGGCCUGUGUGCCUCCACUUCCUCUUCCUCGUGGGGACCCUGGGCCUAUUUGGGCUGACAUUCGCCUUCAUCAUCCGGAUGGACGAGACUAUCUGCUCAAUACGCCGCUUCCUGUGGGGUGUCCUCUUUGCACUCUGCUUUUCCUGCCUGCUGAGCCAGGCGUGGCGUGUGCGGAAGCUGGUGUGCCAGGGCACAAGCCCAGCAGGCUGGCAGAUGGUGGGCCUGGCAUUGUCCCUGAUGUUGGUACAGGUCAUCAUCGCCACCGAGUGGCUGGUGCUGACGGUGCUGCGUGACAUGAAGUCGGCCUGCGCCUACGAGCCCAUGGACUUCGUGAUGGCCCUCAUUUACGUCAUGGUACUACUCGUGCUCACCCUGGGGCAGGCCCUCUUCACGCUCUGUGGCAAGUUCAAGAGGUGGAAGCUGAACGGCGCCUUCAUUCUGAUAACAGCCUUCCUCUCUCUGCUUAUUUGGGUGGCCUGGAUCACCAUGUACCUCUUCGGCAAUGCCAUGAUGCAGCAAGGAGACGCCUGGAGCGACCCCACUUUGGCCAUCACGCUGGCAGCCAGCGGAUGGGUCUUUGUCAUCUUUCACGCCAUCCCCGAGAUCCACUGCACCCUGCUCCCGCCCCUGCAGGAAAACCCACCCAAUUACUUCGACACGUCGCAGCCUAGGAUGCGGGAGACAGCGUUUGAGGAGGAUGUGCACCUACCGCGCACCUACAUGGAGAACCAGGCCUUCUCGAUGGAUGAGCACAGUGCAGCUCUCCGAACAGCAGGAUUUUCCAACGGCAGCUUAGGAAAAAGGUCUGGUGGCAGCUUGGGGAAGAAACCCAGUGGUGGCUUGGGAAACAGACCCAGUGCUCCGUUUAGAAGCAACGUGUAUCAGCCAACCGAGAUGGCCGUUGUGCUCAAUGGUGGGACUAUCCCAACUGCUCCGCCAACUCACACUGGAAGACACCUCUGGUGAACAACUUUAAGUUCCAGAGAAUAAGAAUCUCUUACCAAUUCAUUCCCUGGCCGUGUCUUUCUUGAGGGAGAAAUCAGUAACAGUAGCCGAGCAAGGCCGCCUCACAGCCAGGAGAGUUGGAAAUCCCGGCCGAGGGGCUUUUGUGUAAAUGUGAACACUGAUGAACUGAAAAGCUAACACCGACUGCCCUCCCCUGCCCUCCUCUGCCACACACACACAGACACCUAAUGCCAUGCCAACCUUGGUCCCUGCAAACUAAAACAGAGCUCAUUGCAAAUAGUAUUAGGCUCACUGGAAAAUGUGGCUGGGAAGACUGUGUCAUCCUCGGGAUAGACCAGAACUGAACUCACAGCUCGCAGGCCUGGCUGAUGUUGGCCAUAUAGAGGGUCGGGGGCUGGCCAUCACCUUCCCCAGCAAGUGCCAGAUCCAGGCCGCCUCUUGGAGAAGACCGUGUCAUUGAGGGUGACUAACAGUGGCUUUUCCCUAGCUUGCCUGGUAGUUUGCACAUUUCAGGGGAGUUAAGAUGCUGUGGGUGUGAUUCUAAGAUAAAUCGUCGGGGCAGCUUUACAGCCAGAAGUGGUGUAGGAACCUGGUACGUGCCAAAGAGGAGAGGCCCUCUGGGUGUUGAAGGGACCAUCAUCUCUGGUUGCACCUAUGACAAGAAGGCCAUCCUGCCCCCUUCUGUGAAGCCCUAGAAAUAAUAGUCACCAUGGUGGAGCCACAGUCCCUCCUGCUUUCUGCACUUAGCAGGGGGGUCCUUUUCCCAGGUGUAUCCCUUGUUUGUUCCAAAAGCUCAAACAGAGCCAUGGGCUAGAAGCCCCUCCUUGAGCCAGAUUGGAAGGCCAGUGCCAUAGCAGGUUCUCCAUGAUGAUGUCACCCAGAAGAACUCCUUGGAUUCCCUGUAGGAUGGAGAGAUGACAUCCUGCUGCCUACAAGCAGUGACAUCUUGGGUCUUUUCUGUGGAUCAGGGUAAAGUUCCUGAUAGAAUGAAUCCCAUGAGGGUUUCUUGCUGCUUUGGGAGAAAGUGGGGGACAUUUUUCUCUUGCUUUUCUGUAGGUUUCAUGAAAAUAGCUCUCUCUUCAAAGCCCAUUGUUUCUGUCAUGGUUUCCAUCUGUCCUAAGCAAGUCAUUCCUUUGUUACUUGGCAUUUCCAGCAUCCCGGCCAUUGAAAGCCCCCAUGUUCUCUGCACUGUUUGGCCAGCAUAACUGCUAGCAAGGAGUCAGAGCAAAGAGUUUUAACCUGACGUGGAAUGUACCAACGAGGGUGGGGCCUUUUGCAUAGACUGUAAUCACUACAUUGCUUUUUCUAUAAAACUACCCAUAAGCCUUUAACCUUUAAAGAAAAUGAGAAAGGUUAGUGGUGGGGGUGGGGGUGGAGGUGGGGGGAACUGACUUCUUCAUAAGCCAGUACUCUGAGCUGAGUAUAUUUUAAUAAACCUGAUUUGUCUCGAGGCCCUAGUCUCUGCUGUGUCCCCUCCCGGCCCCCUACCUGUCCUUGCAGAGCACUCAGGAGGUGAGGCUGGCCAUCUGGCCACCCCGUGUGUAAAUUUCCCUUACAGCUCCUACAUUUUCUUAUGUUACCAAGCACGGAGACAAGAGAGCAUGGCACCAAAACGUCCCCCUCCCUGAGCUUCCCAGAAGCGCCGCCCCCACCCAUAGCAUGUGCUUUGCUUCUAGAGAAUCUGAUCUGGUCCCCUCUGCUCAAGGACCACCAUUGGGUGGGCUGAAAACUUGGAAUCUUGGGGAGGUGAAGAAGGAAGGGCCUGGAGCUGGGGCUGGGGCUGGGGCUGGGGCUGGGGCAGCUGCAUGCAGACCCAGCAUUCUGCAGAUAAAGAAGUCUCUGAGCCCCUCAGUCCGGUCUGCUGGGAAAACGACAACAUUGCACAUUCUCAUGCCAGGAAAUGGUUGCUCACCCCUGCUCUCUGGAGUCCUUUGGAGCUUUCUGAUACCAUCAGUGACUUGGUCUGCAAAAGCCCCCCUUGCAGAAGGGAGGAGUGCACACGAUUGAUCGGGUCUCUCUAAGUUCUUUGUUGUCCACACAUAUAAGGUGAGCACUAUGUAAAUGGCUACCUGUGAAAGUAGCAUUUUCACGCCAUGAAAACAACCAUCUUUGAUUGAGCCACGGGAAGCCUCACUUAUAAUGAUGAGACUAUUUCUGUUUCUUUUUUUCCUUUUAAAUCUGGUAGGUUAGCACUUUUGGGUUUUGUUUUCUUUUGGCUUUAAGGUUCAGGGUGGGCUGUACGCUCUCACGAUGGGGCUGAGGUGGGAAAGGAAGGAAAUCUGCUAUUUUUCUAAUGGGUUCACUCAAAGCACCAGGAGGACGCUUCCCUCAGAGACAGUGGUAUCCAACUUCCCAUGGAAUAAGGUUUAAAUACAGAAUUGAACAGUACCUCUGUUUCAGAUCUGUGUAUGUAAACAAGGCUUACUUGGGGAAAAUGACCUGGAAGGACAGCAUCUGUGAAUAAUCCCUCAUUGUAAGCACAAAUUUUUCCAUGUCUUGUUAGUAACAUCGCUUUGGGACUAUAACAGCCACUCCUGUUGCCUCUUUUAAUAGCAAAUUGGUCCAGCCAGGACUUCUGCACUGGACAUUGAGGGUGGGGCUCAGGAACUGAGUUUCAAGAACUUACAAACUGGGGAGCCCCGUUCAUCUCGAGUGUUUCCAGGAUUAAGAGCCAGCUGUUGGAAGCUGGGUGUCUAGUGGUUGUUUUGUCUUUUUGUUUUGUGUGUUUUGUUUUAGCACAGAUGUGUGGGGUCAGGGUCCCUGAACAAGUACAGGCCAGGGGUGGUCCUCUUGAGUUGCUGCAGGAUGAGUUGAACACUUCAGGCUGAACCCCAAACUAAAAGAGGGCAUGGUGGCUUUUAUAAUCCAAGGGUGCAGUGAUUAUACCAGCUUUGGGGAGUUCUCAGCAGGUGCUUUUUAUUAAUUGAUACAGAGCUAAGGCUCAUUUUUGAUAGAUAAUAUAUAUUUAUUAAAUGUAUUAAUGUGUGUUUUAUAAUGUACCUUUAUCUUCCCCUGGCUGACUUGCAUACUUAUAAAAAAAUCAUUCAGAAAUUUCAAGACAAUCAAUGUGUACCAUACAUGACUGUACAUAAAUAUUACAGAUUUAAAAGGUUGUUAAGCAUGAGCAGAUAGGUUUAUUUUCAAAAUGCUGUUCUUAACACAAAAAAUAAAGGCUUUACUAUUUA